AUUGCGUCAUCGCGUACCGGGAACGCUGACGUGUAAUCGCGGAAGUGAGCCUGGUGCCUUCGUUUUGUCCACUUGGUGACAGUUCAUAAUGGAAAGAUUUGCAGUUUUACACUGAAUUGCCACGCAAAUAGGAGUCGGACCUGACUGGACAGCAGACGUCACGUGGGUUUCAGGCACCACAGCAAAGGCAGCCAUGAGUCGACGGAAGAUUGGAGACUUGUACAGAGCCCCCUUCCCCCUGUACACGGUUCAUUUUCAUCAAGAAACGGGAUUGAUUGUUACAGCUGGUGGGGGUGGCGCCUCUAAGACCGGUAUUAAGAAUGGAGUGCACUUUCUCAGCCUGCAGCUGGUUGAGGGGAAGCAUAGUGCCACAUUGCUGCACUCCCAUGACACAGAAACACGUGCCACCAUGAACAUGGCUGUUGGAGGCAAUGUUAUGGCUGCUGGACAGGAUGGUUGCUGCUGCCUGAUGCGCUUUCAGCAGCUCUCACCCAAGGAGCUUCGCAAGGAUAACACCAAGCGGGGUGCUAGUGGUGAUAUUGAUGGCCCCAGGCGGCGAGAUGGUCAUCGGGGCAUUGGGGGAGGCAGUAGACUGGAGACCAGGAAUGAGAGUUCCCAAGUGAAGGUGGAGGUGCUGGGUGAGGUGUGCUCUGACCUGAGCCCCACUGAUGCACUACAGAAAUGUGUCAGGUUCAGCCCGGAGUGCAACCUCCUGCUGACUGGGGGUGCCGAUGGCCACGUCCGUGUAUGGGAGUAUCCUUCUUUGAAGAAGAAACUGGAUUUCAAAGCUCAUGAAGGAGAGAUUCAAGAUUUAGACAUUAGUUCAGACAAAAAGGUUGUGACAGUGGGGCGUGAUUUUGCAUGCUGUGUCUGGAGUGAUGACCAGCUGGCCAUGGGUCUGCGCUGGCAAGACAGCCUGCCUCACAUCGCUGAAAAGACGUAUCGCUACCAGGCCUGCAGGUUUGGAAAGGUAGAGGACCUGCCAGGUGUUCUUAGACUCUACACUGUUCAGGUGCCCCACAAAAGAGAUCGCAAACCCCCCACUUGCUAUAUCACCAAAUGGGACGGGCAAAACUUUUUGCCCCUCCUCACUAAACCUUGUGGUAAAGAAGUCAUCUCCUGUCUUGAGAUUAGUGACUCUGGGACAUUCCUGGGUUUGGGGACAGUAACCGGAUCAGUGGCCAUAUUUAUUGCUUUCUCACUACAGAGGCUGUAUUACGUACAGGAAGCUCACGGUAUCGUGGUGACGGACUUAGCCUUCCUCCCAGAAGUGGUGCAGGGCAAGAAUUUCCUGGGAGACAAUGAAGUAGCUAUGCUAAGUGUGGCGGUAGACAGCCGCUGUCAGAUGCACAUCAUUCCAAAUCGCAGGUCCUUUCCUAUAUGGCUGGUGCUGCUACUGUGUGGCCUCCUCAUCGUGGCUGUGGUCUUCCUCCUGCAGCAGGUCUUCCCAGGGUUCAUUUAGCCUGAGUGGGCUCCACAUCCAGUGCAUCCAGGACCCAAGGAUGCUGCCUCUUCAUGGAUGAUGCUUGAGCAACAACAUGCAAUUAUUUAAAGUAAUCCUAUAAAUCAGAAUAAUGGAAGGUAGUUAUAGAAAUAGCAGGAUUCUCACUUUUUGAUACAGGUCUUUGUUCACCACUAGAAUUAUAAGCGAUUGCUGUUAAGCAGUGAGCCCAAUGGAGACAGUGAGCAGGGUCACCAGAGGGUGGUGCUGGAGAGACCUAGAGCAAGUUCACAUCUGCUUUCUUGUACAGAUGUCCCAUAGAUGAGCUGGAGAGCAAUCUUUCCUCUUUUCUAUACUUGUGCUUAACCUUCCCCCCCCCCCCCCAAACUGAUGUUGCAUAUAUCACAGGUGUGUUUGUUUAAAAAAAUGUGCAGUAUGUUUGUCUGGGGUUUGUAAUUGAAAGUAUUAUACAUUUUAUUUUGACUGUGUCUCCUCUGUGCUUUGAUGCUGUAGUGUUCUCCCUGGGUGUUUCCUGGGUCACACACCAAGUGCUCUUAAUGUAUUAAAGCAAACUUAUUUUAAAGCUUGCAUUUGUAGCAUGGACACCGGCUUUUCCUUAGUAUUGUAUGAUCUAAAUUCAGAAUUCAUAAAUAUGAAAUAUAAACAUACGGUAUCAUUAAUGAGACAUACCAGCAAAAUCCCAUCAUUUUGUUGCAUGACAUUUUGCACCACUGUCUGCCACUGAGCUAAAAAGCUAAUAGAUUGUGUCACCUCGCUUCUGUGUUGCUUUGGACAAAAGCAGCUGCUGAAUAUAUAAAAUGUAAAUGUUUGAAUGCCACACAUGAGCAUCCUAUAAAACUUCAGAAAUGAA